GAGCCCUCAGCCUGCCCAGCUGCCACGCUGCAUCGCACGCACGCCGCUCCAAGCAGAUACGCGCCUGCAGGCCGCAGCUGCAGCAGCAGCCACGCGACACGCUCCUCCACUCCUCUCCCGUGCGUCGUGGCAGGGAGAGAGAGCCGGAGGGAGAGUGAGUGAGAGAACGGUCAGCUCGCUCUACCCCGCGCGCCCACGUCGCGUGCUUGGAUUGGUACGAGGCCGGCGGGAUGGGGAGGGCGCCGUGCUGCGACAAGGCGAGCGUGAAGAGGGGGCCGUGGUCGCCGGAGGAGGACGAGCUGCUGCGGAGCUACGUCCGCAGCCACGGCACCGGUGGCAACUGGAUCGCGCUCCCGCAGAAAGCAGGGCUGAACCGGUGCGGGAAGAGCUGUAGGCUGCGGUGGCUCAACUACCUCCGCCCGGACAUCAAGCACGGCGGCUACACCGACCAGGAGGACCGGAUCAUCUGUUCCCUCUACAACUCCAUCGGAAGCAGGUGGUCCAUCAUCGCGUCGAAGCUGCCCGGCCGGACGGACAACGACGUCAAGAAUUACUGGAAUACCAAGCUCAAGAAGAAGGCCAUGGCCAUGCAUCAUCAUCAUCAGCCGCCGCCGCCGCAGCAGCAACACUACCACCACCACCACCACCACCGUGUCGCCGGCGGUGGCGCGCGCGUCACGCUCGUGUCGCCUCCGCCCGCCCCGCAGAGCCAAUGCGCGUCCAUGCAGCCGUCGCCGGCGUCCGCCUCCUCGUCCGGCGGCGACGCGUGCAGCUUCGGCGCCGCCGCCAUGUACUCCCCCUCCCCGUCAACCCAGCAGGCGCCACAGGCGGCGACGCUCGCGGUCGCGGGGUACACCUCCGUGGCGACGGCGGCGGCGGCGGCGGCGGUGGCGGCGCAGCGCUCGCCGCUCGACGAGCUGAUCUGCCAGGUGCCACCACCUCCCACUACUACCGCCGCCGACUGCUGGGCCAGCGGCGUGACCCUCGACGACGUGUUCUUGCCCGAGCUCGUCGGAGCCGGCGAGUUCCCCAACGGCGACCUCUUCGGCGGGUUCGGCCCGCUGCUCCAGGACAGGUCGUCCAUGGAGCUCUCCGCGUGCUACUUCCCCAACGCCGCGGCGGCGGAGAUGUGGCCGGCGGCCACGGACAUCGUCAAGCCGGCCGGGCUGUGCCACAGCCUGACAUGACAAGUCAGACACUAAUGAUCCAUCCAUCCAACGAGAGUGCUCGAGUGAUCCAUGACGACUAGUCUCAAGUUGUUGCGUGGCUAGCUUCUUCUUGAUUGAUUACCUGAUCAUCUUUUUCUCCCCCUUCUUCCCGACGAGAUUAUUACAUGUACAUUAUCCUAUCUGUACUACGGCUGUUCCACAGACAGGUUAAUUAGAUGUUGAUUGCCAAUUAGCAACUGUUCUGUUCUUCCGCCUACCAGCCAGUAGUCCAAUUACUGUAAAAUUUUCAGCAAGCGUGUGACUAUUUUCCUUCCAUGCGACAAGGACA